AUGGGAGAUAAUAAAAAAGAAAAUAUCAGAAUCAUCCUUAGUUUAGACGGUGGUGGCACAAAAGGAUUAUAUACAAUCGAGGUAAUAGAACAUUUUGUUAAAUUAUCAGGAAGUGAUUUUACAAAACAUGUAGAUUUAUUUGGUGGUACAAGUACUGGAGGUAUUUUAUCAAUUGCAAAGAGUAAAGAGAUUUCAAAUUCAGAAUUAUUGAACAUGUAUGAAGGAAAAGAAUCAAAGAAAAUUUUCGGUUCCCUUUGGGACGAAGUUAAAGGUGUUUUUACAAGAGGAGAAAUGUUCAAUUCAGAUGAACUCAUAAAUAUUGCAAAUAGUUGGUUUCCAUCAUCACCAGAUGGAGCUGAUACCCAAAUUACAGAGUUAAAUGAAAAGAAAUUCUUUGUUGUAUCAUUAAAAAAGACUGGUGAAAAAAAUGAUAUCUUAACACCAGUAAUCAUUUCAAAUUAUAAAUUUGAUGAAACAACAACAAUUGCUGGUAAUAAUAAUAAUAAUAAUAAUCAUUUUAUUAAAGGUGAAGAAAUAGAGAGACUUUAUACAAUUGGUGAAGAAGCACUUUCAUUAGCUGAUGCAAUUAGAGCUACGUCAAGUAUUCCAGCAGCUUUUCAAAAACAUAAGCAAGGUGAUGAGGAAUAUUUAGAUGGUGGUUUUAAAUAUAAUAAUCCAAUGGAGAUUGCUUAUCAUGAGGCAAGAAUCAUUUAUCCAAAUGAUUAUCUUGUUAUCAUUUCAAUUGGUUGUACUGAUAAGGAUGUGCAAGGAUUAACAGAGAAUAAUAAAGAGAUUAACGAUCGUUUGGAAAAACUACUUGACAAUAUGGAAGAUGGAGUUGAAACUAAAGGAAUUUUCUCAGUACCACAUUAUUUAAAGAGUAAUUGGAUAACUGAUUUUUUGGAUACUAUCAAAUUAAACAAAAAUUCAAAAUCUUCUCAACAACUCUACAUUGAAGCAAUGCAAAAUAUUAAAGAUAGCAAUGCUUUCCUUUUAAGAUUUGAUUCUGUCGAAACUCAUUCAUUACUUAGCUUUAGUGAUACUUCAAAAGAAUUUUUUGAAAAGUUAAGAAAAUGUUCAUCAGCAUUAUCAAAAGAUUCAGAGUUUAUAAGAACUGCUGAUCUACUUAAAAGAAUUAUCGAUUUAAAAAAAGAUGAAUAA